CGGAGGGAGGCGCCUCUCCGUAUCCCUCGCCUUUGAAGAGUUUGUUCUCUGUUUUAGAAGAGGACAUACCCGUGCGAAAGUCAGCUGCUCGAGAAUUAUGUUGUUUUAAAGAAGCGCGUGUGGAUUUAACUGAGAAAAGAUACGCUCAGCUGCCUGUGUGAAGAGCGAGGCUGUAAGGAGUUGGCUCGCUCGCGCUCAAUCAGUCCAUGAGGGAACGCACGGUGGGAAUUUGGUGGUGGCCGAGGAAUUGGAUCAGAGCAAUGCCUGCCAUGCCAUCAGUCACCAAUUCACCAUGUCGCAGUAAACAUUGGCAGGUGCUUGUAUGGGUUGUGAUGUCUCUGCUGUCCCUAGUGGCAGGAAGCAGGUCACGUUUUCAAGCAGAAUACGAAGCUGCGGUAGGAUUUGCUGGAAUGGUGGAGCUGCCAUUAGAGGCUUUUCCAGAUACUGAGGAAGAGCUUGAGGAGGACAGUGACUCCCCAUGGCAUGGCUUGUUUGAGCCAUCUGUGCUUUUCGAGGACGACCAACAACCAGCGAGAUGGGAACGUUCCCCCCGCUCACCAGACACUUCUGACAUACAGACCAAAGGUGCACGCAAGAAAAAGAAGAAAAAAGAGAAGGAGGAAAAGAAAAAGAAAGAGAAGAGCAGCAGGGGACACCACAGCAGUCGGGACUGCCACUUAGAGAAACGUGAGAUGCGUGUACGGGACCUGGGCAUGGGUUUCGACUCAGACGAAAUUGUCCUUUUCAAGUUCUGCGUCGGCUCCUGCCAGAGGUCUCGUGGGAACUAUGACUUGGCUCUGCGUGCUCUGCUCGCCAAUGGUAGUCUGCCCAAGCGCACCGCCAGGAAGGUAAGCGCACACCCUUGCUGCCGUCCCGUGAGCUAUGAACCGGUCUCUUUCAUGGACGCUACCACAACCUGGAGAACCAUCAAGUCCCUCUCUGCAGCAGACUGUGAGUGCGUGGGAUGAGCUGACCUGAAAGAGCAGGGGGAGCGUGACAUGAAGAAAUGGUUCAACGGUCAAAGAGAGAAAAAGAGGAAUCCGGAAGCCUCCUGGGCCAUGGCUACAGAACGAGGUCGAACGGGUUGGCCAUGGUAAAGCUCUGUGAGGGAAUUUGGUUUGGUUGUGAGUGGUUCACAACAACAGCAAAUGCAUACAAACUUACAUUACAUCACACCAAACCUCGACAGAAAAGCUUGAAUGAGGUUAGAAUACGAUUCAACCAAGUCAGAAACGACGAGAGACUCUUUGGACUCAAAAUGGAGAGAGUUUAAGGAUGGAAGAACAGCAACUUUGGAUCAUACAUCUGAAUGGCUCUAUAAACAAAAACUACAUGUUAUAACUCGACAAGCAUUUGCUUACCAAGAAUUUCAACAGACUUGAAUACAGCACGAAACCCUGUUUCAUUUGUCAGAUUCAUUUGUUGAUCCUGGAUGUCAGUGCCCAUUUUCCUGGCCUUCAGUAUGGCAUGUAAUAUUUCAGCCACAUUAGCAACUGUGGAUCAUUCAUUAUUAACAGCACAUUAUUGUUGUAAUUAGAAUGUAAUUGCACAUACAUAUGUGGAGUAUUAUUAAAAGCUUAGCCCGAUAGAAAACACACAGGCCUGUUAGUAUUAACCUUUCAGCAGGAAGCACUGAAGGUUGAUUGUGUUUUUCAUUUCUCAGGGUUUUUACAGGAAUGAUAUGAACUAUCUUAAUUUUCUUCAAAAUCCUUUUUAAUACCAUAAAUAAAAUAAAAGGUAUCAA